AUGAUUUGUAAGAGGUUACGAGAAGUGCUCCCUGAUAUCAUAUCCGAAAAUCAAAGUGGGUUUAUUAAAGGAAGGCAUAUUGCUCAUAAUAUUAUGAUUUGUCAAGACAUGGUUAGGGGCUAUGACAGGAAGAGUGCUAAGUCAUCUUGUUUGUUCAAGAUUGAUCUUCAAAAAGCGUAUGAUACUCUUGAUUGGGACUUUCUAAAAGAAAUGCUUGAAGCCUUAAAGUUUCCACAAAAAUUUAUCAAUCUUGUCAUGGAAUGUGUUACUACCACUCGGUUUUCAUUCUCCAUUAAUGGUGCUCAUCAUGGUUUUCUUCAAGCAAAAGAGGUUUACGUCAAGGCGAUCCAAUCUCUCCUCUUGUUUUUGUGA